AUGGAUGGCAUGGGGGAAGGUCCAGAUGGGAUGGGCUUCGAUAUGCCUAUGCUCAUGAACCAACAAUCCCACAUCUUUGGCGCUUACACUGACGGUUCGCGCGGUUCGCCGUUGAAUUCUGUUCUUCCGAAUCCCACAUUUAACGAUGAGCCUUCCAUGGGCGCGGGCGAAGACGCUAAUGACGCCAAGAGGAGAAGAAUCGCCAGAGCCUGCGACAUGUGCCGGAAGAAGAAGAUCAAAUGUGACGGAAAAAUGCCCAAAUGCUCGCAUUGCAUUAACUAUAAAACCGACUGUGUUUUCACCCAGGUUGAGAAAAAGCGAAAUCCUCCCAAAGGUGCCAAAUACAUAGAGGGUCUGGAGAAUCGGUUGGGGAGAAUGGAAUCGCUCUUACGAUUGUCUGGUCUCUUAUCGGAGGAUGAUGGGAAAACGGAUCUUGGGACUCUCGAGAAGCGCCUCGCCGACCGAUCUCUGGCAAGCGGUGGGUUAAAUUCCUUGAAGAGCCCAAACAGAUUCAAUGGUUCAAGCUCGACUUCGCAAUCCCAACAUACUACUGUGUCCCGUCAUUCGACUCCACGAAUGGAAUCUCAAUCCAGUCCGCACACGGCUGCCACAUCGCCUGAUUCACUGAAAGAGUCCGAGACAGAAGUUGAGGGACUCUCAGACAUGAUGUGCUCGCUUGUUACGAAUAAUUGCGGGGAAACACGAUAUAUUGGUUCAUCUUCAGGGUUUUCGAUAUUCUCCCCCAAGGGAAUUCAAUGGGUCAAUGAAAAGACAGGCGAUACGUCUUUCCAGGACAUGAUAUCAUCUGCUUAUGUGGAUGAUAAUAAAUGGAUGUACUGGAAACCAGAGAUUUUCAGUGACAUCUUUGCCCGUCGUGUUUUCAAACCAUUGCCCCCAAAGGAAGAGGCGAUGUCACUUUUCCGAGAUUUCUUCGAGAAUUUCAACUGCAUGUUCCCGUUGUUUCACGAACCGACAUUCAUGCACUUGGUGGAACGCCAAUACUCCCGAGAUCCAUACGAAGGCUCUGGCUGGUGGGCUAGUAUCAAUGUUGUUCUGGCCAUUGCACACAGGCUGCGAGUCAUGAGUAAUCUGGUGCCUCAGGAGGAGGACAAAAAGGCUUGGCUUUAUUUGAAAAAUGCCAUGGGGGUCUUGACGGAGCUUACUAUGCGAAACACAGAUCUCCUAAGUGUUCAAGCAUUACUAGGCAUGUCUCUUUUUCUACAAGGAACUCCAAAUCCUCAACCGUCUUUUUUCCUUGUUGCAGCUGCCAUUAGAUUGUCGCAUAGCAUCGGUCUCCAUAAACGGGGAUCUGGUUUUGGCUUAAACCCAGUUGAAGUUGAGCAGCGGAAGAGGGUGUUUUGGAUUGCUUACCUCCUUGAUAAAGACAUCUGUCUUCGUUCUGGUCGCCCUCCGGUUCAAGAUGAUGACGAUAUGAAUGUGGAAUUACCGAGCGAAGACCCGCCCGAUAACAUCGGCAACGUUCCUCUGUCUGACGGGAAGGGGAAGUUCAACUUGUUCAGAUCAUUGUGUCGUUUUGCUACCAUCGAGAGCCGGGUGUAUAAGCGGCUAUACUCCGCCAAAGCAUCUAAACAAUCCGAUGGUGAGCUGUUGAAUACGAUUGGAGAAUUGGACAAGGAACUCGAAGAGUGGAAAGACAGUAUUCCUAUUGAUUUUCGACCGGAGCAUGAAAUCAAAGCUUCUCACACGCCUCUAAUUCUCCACGUCGUCGUGCUUCAUUUUGCCUACUAUAAUUGCUUGACGACAAUUCACCGGAUGUCUGUGCAUCACGGAUAUUGGACAAGCCGACUAUCUAAUUAUGCAAUCCAAGGCCUGAAUGCCAGACCAUUGAAUCCCAGAGUCUUUUUAUCUGCCGUUCUUUGCGUCACUGCCGCCCGGGCCUCUAUAAACCUGAUAAAAUACAUUCCGCACGGUGAUUUUGCUUGUGUCUGGUUAAUACUAUAUUAUCCUGUUUCGGCAUUGGUGACUUUAUUUGCUAAUAUCCUCCAAAACCCCAACGAUGCUCGGGCUCGUUCUGAUGUCAAACUCAUGAACGUUGUCGUAAAUUUUCUCUCGACGCUUGUCUCCGACGAAUCUAACGGGAGUAUCAAGCGUAUGCUUGGCCUCUGCGGCGAAUUCGAGAGGAUAGCUCAAGUAGUUCUUGAUAAGGCAGAAAAGGAGUCCCACUCCAAGAAGAAACGCAAGGUACCCCCUGAUGAGCCAGAGAACUUACAGCAGAAGACACCUGAGGAGAAUUCAGCUCCUUCUCCUUCCACUUCGAGGCCGGCAAACGCAACAUCAACAACUGCGCCAUUCUCAUCGUCUUCGUACCCUGCGAAUCUCGGCAAUACUAGGCCUAGCAUGUCAAACCCUUCGAGGACCUUUGUUCCAGGUCAAACUGUUCUAGGCACCAACGGUGUUCCCACAUCUUUACAAGAGAGCAUGCAAACCAUGUCUGGUAUGGGACACGAUUUCCCAGAGAUGCUUAGCCCCAACAACAUGGACGGGGUAGGCUUUGGCGAUCAGCAGCCAUUCGGAACUCCUACAGAACCUCCUAUGACAUCUUUCCAACAGCCCUUUGUGCCACAAGAUUUGUGGCAGAUGCCGAUGACGAUUGAAUGGGACUGGGCUGAUAUGUCUAGCAACUUCCCAGUCUUCGAAGGGACGCCCAAUAAUGGACCGUGA